AUGACUCCAGAUACAGAGAGAGACGAGGCCCUAGAAUGCAUCACUGUUGGUGUGCUGACAGUUGUCAGUGAAGAUGGUCCUCACGAGGGUCAAAGCUCAGUGGACCUCCAGCCCAUCUCCACUGCCAUCAUUCUGGAGGGAGUAUUUGUCUUUUUUCAGUGGUUGCUCAGACUGAUGUUGAUGAUGUUUCUGCAUGUGUUUCUCCUCAUCUGUGCUUUUCCUCUUUCAGCUGCUGAAGGCCGACUGAGACAGUUCUACAUGCUGAAUCAGAGGGUUACUGUAUCUGCUGCUCAAAGUUUAUGCAGAGUAAACUACACUGACCUCGUCACAGUUUAUGACCAACAAGACUAUAUUAAACUAUUUCAACUGAUCAAGAACAGCAGCACUCCUGCAGGUGGCUGGAUUGGUGCUUAUAGAGGAAACUACAGUCUGAAAUGGUCAAAUGGUGAUGAAGUUUCAUACAGCAGAUAUUCUCCAAGCUAUUCUGAUCAAACUCGCUGUGCUGCUAUGUAUGCUAGUGGAGAUUGGGAAUCUAUCCUAUGCAAUGAGACAAAACACUUUAUGUGCUAUGAACAAGAAGCUGGAGGAUCAUCAUACAUCUACUCUUUAAUCCCUCAAAAUAAAAACUGGUUUGAUGCUCAGCUUUACUGCAGAGAGAAUCACACUGAUUUAGUCUCUAUCAGAAAUGAGGAGGAAAAUAACCUGGUGAUGAACAAAGGAAAUCAGAGUAAUACUCCUUUCUGGAUCGGCCUGCUGAAUGACAGUGUGGACUGGAGAGAUGGAGGACGAUCUGCUUACAGAAACUGGAGUCCAAUCGCUGAUCAGAGCAAAACUAAUGCUAUCAUGAGUCUCAGUGAUGGGCGAUGGAUAAAAACUAAUGCUGGGUUCUUCUAUCCUCUGUGUUACAAGAGCUUCCUUCAUGUGAGUCCUGCUGAAAUGUCCUGGGAAGAUGCUAUGAAUUACUGCAGCGCUCACUUUUCUAGAGCGCUGUGUCUGGAGUCUGAGAACGAUCAGACAGAAACGCAGCGAGAGUUAAACAGAAAUAAUAUCUCUGCUCCAGUUUGGGUGGGUCUCAGACAGAGCUGUCCUUUCGGAUUCUGGAUGUGGAUCAAUGGUCUUGAAGUGGGGAACUGGACAAACUGGAAAGGAGGAAUGGCUCCUGAAGCUGCACUCUCUCAACACUGCGCUGCCAUGGAGAAGGUGAACGGACAAUACACACUGAGUGAUAAAGACUGCAGGUCUACAUUCAGAGUUGUGUGUGAGACGCAGUGAUUUAUCACUCUUUACUGCCUUUUGCUUAAUUGAACAGUUUUCAGGAGCUCCUGCUGUUAAUAGUGAACAGCUCAACCAUUUGUGUAUUUAGAAAUAAAC